AUGACAGCUGGGACGUGUGACAUUAAAGAAGAAGCUCGAGAGGAAUCUUCAAAGGAACAUGCAAUCGUUGAAGUCAAAACGGAGCCUUAUAACGUUCCAGUCUUGACUGGACAGGACCAGGUGGGACACCACUGUCAAUCAACAUCAGAAGGAGCGAGAGAAACCGCUGCUUUGCUCCACGUGAACGACCACCCCAGAGGCACUUGUGAUCACGAACCUUCAGGAUGUACUUCUUCAAAGGCACAGUUCAAGAUCGGCAAAAUAACGGUUGAACCACAAUUCGACAACUGUCCACUAGUCACUACAAGCGAUCGACCCACUGGGCGUCUUCCAGGCCAGAGCAAGCUAUGUGCGCUUGAAUACAUGUCAAAAGACAGCCCGAGACACCACAUGUGCGCACAGUGUUACAAUGAGUCUGAAAUGUGUCCAGCUACUCUGCUGGAUGCUGAGAUGGGAGAUGAAGGCUUUAAGUACGACGUCUGUUCCCCUAUAAUCUCGCGAUCUGGGAGCGACAAGAGCCACGUGUCAAAGCAUACUGACGAGAUGUCAUGCAAAUCUGAUCUCUGUUCUGCUCACUUCCACCAAAGCAGGAGGCUGUGUUGUCACAGUCAAAUACUUAUGGGCGAGAAGCCGCACAAGAGUGAUCUCUGCUCUGCGAAAUUCAGCGGGAUUGCGCACCAGCGGCUUCACAACCAAGCACAUACUGGCAAAAAGCCAUACAAGUGCGAUAUCUGCCCUGCGGAAUUCAAACAGAGUUCUCACCUGCUGAAUCACAAGCGCACACACACGGGCGAGAAACCAUACAAGUGUGACGUCUGCCCUGCGGAGUUCAGUCGGAGCGGGAAACUGCAACGGCACAAGCGAACACACACUGGUGAGAAGCCAUACAAGUGUGAUGUCUGCCAUGCUGAGUUGAGGCGGAGCGGGAAUCUACAGCAGCACAGGCGAACACACACGGGCGAGAAACCAUACAAGUGUGACGUCUGCCCUGCGGAGUUCAGUCGGAGCGGGAAACUGCAACGGCACAAGCGAACACACACUGGUGAGAAGCCAUACAAGUGUGAUGUCUGCCAUGCUGAGUUCAGGCAGAGCGGGAAUCUACAGCAGCACAGGCGAACACACACCGGCGAGAAACCAUACAAGUGCGACGUCUGCCCUGCGGAGUUUAGCCGGAAUGGGAACCUGCAGCAACACAAGCGGACACACACGGGCGAGAAGCCAUACAAGUGCCAUGUCUGUCCUGCGGAGUUCAAUGACAGAGGGCACCUACAGUGUCACAAACGGACACAUACGGGUGAGAAGCCAUACAAGUGCCAUGUCUGCCUUGCUAAGUUUCGUUACAGAGGGUGCCUACAGCAGCACAAGCGGACACACACGGGCGAGAAGCCAUACAAGUGCGAUGUCUGCCCUGCAGAGUUCAGCCAGAGCAGUAACCUACGACAGCACAAACGGAUACACAUGGGUGAGCUGUACAAGUGCGAUCUCUGUCCUGCGGAAUUCGUCCAUAACUCGAGCCUGUCAUAUCACAAGCUGACACACAAGCGAGAAGCCCUGAUCUCUGAAGGGACAGCUUAG